UGUGGGUCCUACCUUGCGUGGACAUCAGCUGGCAAGAAGAAGGAGAAACAAACGAUACACUUUUCUUUCCUCCAUAUAAAUAAAAUUCCGUUUUCCCUGCAGCGGGAGCUCCGUUUGGUUCGUUACCUUGGUUGUUUGCUUGUGGUUCUCUUCUUUCUUAGCCUCUCUUCUGGGUUCUGGGCAUGGAUGGCAGGAUAGGUGAUAAAAGGGCUUUUUUGGGUUCUUGUUCGUGAUAUGCUUGAGCUUUUUUGAUUUUCUCAUUUGACAAGUUGCAGAAAAGAAACUUAUGGGUGGAAUUGUGAAUGCAUCGAACUCGACCGCUCCGGAAGGCAACGACGGGAAUUGUGGGAGUCAGGUCUUACUGAAUGUCUAUGAUCUAACCCCUCUUAACAACUAUGUUUACUGGUUCGGCUUGGGAAUCUUUCAUUCUGGGAUUGAAGUGCAUGGUAUGGAGUACGGAUUUGGGGCCCAUGAUUUCCCAACCAGUGGAGUGUUUGAGGUGGAACCAAGGAGUUGCCCAGGUUUUAUCUAUCGAUGCUCCAUUACAUUAGGUUAUAUAAACAUGCUUCACUCUGAAUUUCGCACAUUUAUGGAGAACGUUGCUUCAGAAUAUCAUGGGGAUACUUAUCACCUAAUCUCUAAGAACUGCAACCAUUUUACUAAUGACAUUUCCCGGAGAUUGACAGGUAGAGGGAUUCCUGGAUGGGUGAACCGGCUUGCACAACUAGGUUCCAUGUGCAAUUGUCUGCUUCCUGAAAACAUCCAAGUAUCCACGGUCAAACAGCUGCCUGAUUACCAUGUCUAUUCUGAAGAAGAAGGAUCCGAGAAUCUCUCAGGCACUACACCACAUGAAGCCACAGAAAGCGAUGAUGCAGAUCAAGAUAAACACCUUCUCUCACCAUCAACCGGUGGUGGGGUUAAGACCUUUAUCAAGGAGGCUCAAAGGUGAAGUAAAUCUUCUGCUUGGAAACAAAAAUCACACUUCAAUUUCUCAUGGUGUAGACCGUGUGACUUUUUGCUGGGAAAAGAUCAUGCAGGCGAUAAGUUUCAAGUCAGCAUCUUGCAGUCCAAGCUUUACAUUCUCUUUUAGUUUGUCUUUUUUUUUUCAGGCAUCUAAAUAUUUGGUUGCUUGUUUUAAUGUAAUUUUUAUUCACCUUCUAUUAAUUGUCUUUUUCGAGUAUUUUGGAAUCAGAUAUAUUCAUGUUCCAAUUUGUUGGCUCAAAUCAGAAGGUUGAGUACAUGAUCUUUCCUUCCCCGUGGAGAAAUAACUUGACACUUUGAGUUUACACA